AUGGCCACUUCAAAUGGGAAAGGUGAAAAAGUGUCCAAACUUGAGACGUUGAAACAUUUGGAGAAAUGCAGAAAGGAAAGAGACGAUGCGAUGCACAGAGAAAGUGUUCUCAGAGAGAAACUCCGACAGUAUGAGUUGAGGAUUCGUUCAACUGAUGCUCUGAAACAGAAAGUGAAGACCUUGGCUAUUGACAACAAGGAGCUGAGGAAACAAGUUAAGGCUCUUCGUACUGAGAUUGGACUUGAGUGCAACCCUAAGUUCAAUGGAAAGACCACAAAGGACAUAAUCAAUGACUUGCAUGAAAAGGACCUUGAGUGUAAUUCCCUGGUGGAGAAGGCUGGGAAACAGAGUCUGACCAUUGAUGAUUUGACUUCAGAGUUGGCAAACACAGUCACCUCUAAAACACUGUUAGAGGAUCAAGUGCAGUCAUUGCAGCAAAAUCUCAAGGAUAUGACAAAUAAUCAACGCCGCCUGCUGAAGUUGUGGGAAGACAAGAAGGUCCAGAGGGAGCAGCUCGCACUCCCUGCAAUUGCUCAUAAACCGGCACAGAAACCAUUUGUCCAUAAAGCAGUUCAAACGGAGAUGUCCGUCAGUUCAUCCCAAAAGCUCCCAGUCAAUGCUUUUGAGACCAGGCCGAACUCUUGGGACCACGACAAAAAGACAGUUUUGGAUAAACACAGUUUCUCAACUUAUGGAAAUAGCUUUCAUCAUGAGAAGAAAUCUUUCAUGCAUGAUGAAACUAAAGGAAUUGACUCGAUUCAUUGACUGCAUUGAGAAAG